AUGUCCACUGCCGAGGAGUACUCCUUAUUGGAUAGCGGCAGAGUCAGUUCGGCAUUUGAUCCUAUGGAUUUGUCUCGCUCGAUGCGGCCGCGUAUAGGCGCCGCUCAGAUGAGCAUGGUGCUCAACCCGAGAGAGUCACCCUCGCUGGAGCUACUGGCGGAGAUGAUCAAGUGCAAGUCAAUGGUUAAUGCCAAUGCCAAUGCCAAUGCCAAUGCCAAUGCCAAUGCCAAUGCCAGCAUCGAGGCCAAAAACAUGGCCCGGCGGGUGUCCAAUAUGACCAAUGCAGCCAAUAGCAACAAUGAUGUGAAUGGUCAGCAGACUCUCAAACAAACGGAGAUUCUAAACCCCAGCGAGAAAACAACCCACGCGAACAAGGCCAAAAAGCAAGUGCAAUUUAUUAUCCCCGACGACGUGCGGUUUCGCUGGCUUGGGAUUUUUGAGCAACCGUCGGACCCCGAAACCAGUGAUACAGAGGAGAUGAGCAACAGCACGACCAAGAACCCAACGUCAAAUACGAAUAGGGAUUCGCCGGCAACAUUCUCCAAUAGUUCUCGCAGCAGCAUCGGUGCACCUGCGCGGCGCAGCUCCUCGCUGGUUAGGCAGAUUGGUAUGGGGACUGGGUCCAUUGGCAGAAGCAGCAGGGGUGCCGGCAUCCAGGCCGAAAUCGAACGCGCUAAUCGUGCUUUUGACACAGGCGAUAACCUCGGCGAAGGCGGAUUGGGCAGCAACGACAGCGAUACCAGCAGCAGCGUUAUUUCUCCCUUCACAGCCAGCUCGUCUGUCGAAGCAGUCUAUGGCGGAUCAAGGCCAGACGCUAGGAAAGCAUCCAUGCUGGGCAACCAGGGCCGCGGAGCGUCCCGGCCGGACAGUGGGGCCGCGGUUAAUGGUUACUUGGCGGGAACGAGCUCACAGCGGUUGUUGGGUUCCGAGGACGUUGGCGCAAAUGAUGCCGCUGUAGAGUUGCCGGGCGGAAGUGGAAGCAGGCACGGGGCUAAUUCGGGAAAGGACAUGCACGGGCGAAUCGCAUUGCGGACCGCGCAGCCAACCUUGUCCACCACCAGGAUCACAGUGCCCAAGCGCUACUCGGUGUCCCCGUCGUUCACUGCGCUCGGCAUGGCUCGCCCUGCGCCUGAGGGCGAGUCUUCUGUGAGCAGGAGGGGUGUUCGCUCGGACGAUGGACUGGGCAACUCGCAAGACCUGCCAGCGAUCCCGGCACAGGUGAUCCAGCGCAGCGAGUCCGCGCAGUCUGCCGGAAACCCUGAUAACCUGGCAGCAAUGCACCACCGCAGGCGGAACUCGUUUGAUGGGUCCAACCCGUCCCUUCGCCGCGCAGAGCAGUCCCUCAACGAGGAGUAUAUGAUGCUGCCAGUUAGUAGUAGCGCAAAGAUGGGCUCGGGCAAUGCCGCCAACCAUCCAGACCAGCAGCAGCAACUACUGGGCGGCGGGCGGCUUUUCAGGCGGGCGACCACAUCGUCAACCCACCAAAAAAGCGGCCGCUCAUCCGACGACGACCACACCGGCGGCGGCAUUAUCGGCGGCACUCGCGAUUUCUUUAAAAACCGACUCCGCUCGCGCACUCACAGCAACGCCAGAGGCACAGCUGCCAAGCUUGCGAGCGCAUCUGAGGUCCACGCGGAGGGUACGACAGUGAACGGCGUGUCGGAGUACCAAAUGGAUCUUAUUGGCCAAAGCGGCAAUGGCGGAGAUAGCGACGGCAGAGGCGCUGUAGCGCACGAGCGGCCGAGGCGACGCAGUGAUGCUGAGGUCAAAUCGCGUGUCUCUCCGCCGCCGACGCAAGCAGCCAUUCCUGAGACCUAUCCACAGGUGCCCCCAAAGCUGCCACCGAAAUUACCACGGAAGAAGCAUGCAGCAAGUGAUGCACCCACGACUGCAGCAUCAGCAGCGGCAGCCACGGCGGCUGUGGCAUCGGCAUCAGCAUCGGCACCGGCACCGGCACUGGCACUGGCACUGGCACCGGCGUCGGGAUUCCAACACUCCGACAGGCGUAGUAAGAGAGUUCCUGCAACCGCCCCCUCGUCUGAAGGCCACAUCGAUUCCGCGUUCACGCUGCCCAGGCCCGAGGCAUCGCGCGGACAGCGCAAGGGCCACGACGACGUGAUUGCCACACAGUCUUCAGCGCCUGGCACAAAGCACGCGGGCAAGCACGGUGGUCGGGCACCCGCGCGGACUUCGUCAGCCGAGUACACCCGCCAGCAGAGCCAGCGAUCCACAUCGGUGCCGCCGGAGCCUAGCAUUCGCUUGACCAGCGAGCAGCUCGAAUUGCUGCGCCUCCAACCUGACAAGUCCAAUGGCAAUGGCAGCCCUACUGCACCCAAACCUACUGCCGACAGUAGCGGCGGCAACGCGGGCGAGGCCGCGGGCAUGCGCAGCAGGAGGCAGCGUCAGGACGCAGGCGAAUUAACGGCCCCGACAGCCGCACUGCCGCAACCGCCGCGCAAAUUUAUGACCAACGUUGGACGCAGUUCAGCUGAGCAGCAGCAUCGAUCGAGGGCGUCGCCGGACCGCGAGCACGAGGAGUACACUGUGCUUAGUCCGCCACCGCUGCCCAAAAUGCCACCCCUCCCUCCUAUACCGCCCAGCGCGUCAGAGGACAUCUCGGAGUUUCUGUCUGACACGCAGGCCACGGAGUCCGACGGGGGCCAUGUUGCUGGCGACACGGACUUGGCGGACCAUCCAGGGCGCAAAUCAAAGUCCAAAAGAAAAACCCGGCGGUCGUCCAUUAUGACAACCAUCAACAGCAUGCUUGGACGCAAGGAGUGA